AUGGCUACGGUUUGUGCAAGACCAGCGAUAGUGACUUCGCGAACCUCCGGUUCGCAGCAGAACAUCAACACAUCCGUUCGAGGAAAGCCCACGACUGUACCGAACAAGCACCUACCUGAUACAUGUUCCCCCGGUCCCACGCCUACCAAGCUGCAACAACAGCAGCUCGAAACUCCACCGGGGUCGCCCGAAGCGCCUGCCAAUCCACAAGUGAUCGACGUACCUUCUCUGCUGGUCGAAGCCGACAAAUACCACAAAGUCAGCGAUAGCCCACCUGUCUAUGCAUUAACUGCGCAAGAGUUGUACAAUGCAUUGGAGCACACUGCCUCGCGCCCCUUACCAGACACCAAGACCGUCUUUCCCUGGCUCCAUGGCUUACACCCCGACAACAACAUCCAGCUGACCUACUUCUCGGCGCGCAACAAGAAGCUCCGCCGCGCCCCUCGCACUCUGCGUGGCAUAACAGUCGUCAAGGCAGGAGGCGAUCUCAGUCACUCCAAGAUCAAAGGUGCCAUUGCGCCAGAUGAGCUGCUGCUCGCGACAAAAACUGGCGAGCAGAUUUCAACCUUUCUAGACGUCGAUCCACGAGAUGGCUUCUCCAUCCGCAAUUUUCAGAUUCAGGCUGUCAAGAUGGCCACCAUGAGUGACAUCGUCAUCUAUGCCGACGACAAGACUCCGAAGGCCGUUCUCGAAAAGUUGGCGUCUGUCAUUGCCAGAGCUCAGAAAGUCUGGAAAGAGAAGGACCGAGACAAUGACAUUGACGUGCCGCAUUACCACACGUUCGUAGUGAAGGACUCGUUCGCAAAGUUGCAAGCACAACACCCAGGAAUUGUAGCCAUCGAUGACAGUGGAAACACGACCGGUGCAGUCAUGGACUUUUUCUUUUCGGAGAGAUACGAGAUGCACACUAUGUCUUCGGCGACUGAGAUAGCUAACAAUGUGUGGCUGGGGCCGACACCUGAUGCUUCUCUGACAGUGCCUUCGGAUCCAGAUGCAGCACUACCGUCCGCAGCACAAGCGUAUGAUCUGUUUGUAGAAGCGACUGAUCCAGCCCAGCUACCGGACAAGAAAGCAUUCCAGUUGAUGGAGACUCUGCUAGACAACCCGAGCGUGUCCAAUAAUGCGAUUCCUCAACUCGAGUUUCCAGGUUCUGGCUCGAUCAUGCCACCGACAUGGUCUCAGGCCGAGGUCGAUGCUCUAAUGGACACCGUGGCGUGGCUAUACAAGCAAGCGAACCCCGAGUAUGAAGAAAUGAUGCACCGCAAGGACAGUCAGCAGAUGACACCGCCCAAGUACCGAGACGCUGAUGGAGAUAUGGGCAUGAUUGAUCUCGAUCUCGGCGCUGGUCGUGAGGGCAGGAAAGUCCUUAUCCACUGCACAGACGGAUAUACCGAGACAUCCUUGUUGGCACUCGCAUACUACAUGUACGCAAACUGCGUGACAGUAGACAGGGCUUACGUGGAGCUCCACACCAAGCACGACCGCAACCUCUUCUCAUAUCCGACUGAUGUCGCUCUUCUAAGUUCAAUCCAACCCAGGAUAUUGCAAGCAUCUCCAAACUCGACCAAUUCGAUGGCAGCGCUUUGUCAGCCCACCCCUCGAUGGCUCAGUAAGAUGGAUGGUUCGUUCCCUUCCAGGAUAAUGAAUUACAUGUAUCUCGGCAAUCUCGGCCACGCGAACAACCCAGACUUGCUACGUGAACUCAACAUCGGGCAGAUCCUCAGUGUUGGCGAGACGAUCAGCUGGAGCAGUGACGAAACCAAGAGAUGGAAGGCAGAAGCUCGCACCAAGGACAGCAUUCUAUAUGUCGACGGUGUCCAGGACAAUGGCGUAGACCCACUUACAUCGUCCUUCUCCAAAUGCUUAGAGUUUAUUCGAAAGGGAAGAGAGGCUGGUGUUGCCACUCUUGUCCAUUGCAGAGUGGGUGUAUCCAGAUCUGCCACGAUCUGCAUUGCCGAAGUGAUGAAUGAGCUUGGCCUUUCGCUCCCUCGAGCAUACUGUUUCGUGCGAGCCCGCCGUCUCAAUGUCAUCAUCCAGCCUCAUUUGCGAUUCGCAUAUGAACUUCUCAAGUGGGAAGAAUAUCAGUGCUCCAAGCGCGGCAAGCCAGUCCGCAGAGAGCUUGAAUGGGGCACGAUCACCCGCGAGAUUGCAGCCAUGAACCGACCUUAUUCACGGCAAUAA